AUGGGCCACGGCCCCGUGCGCGUCGAGGCCAUGGGCGAGACCUCGAAGACCGAGGACGAGCUCGACGAGUUCCUGUGCUCGAUCGCGGCGAGCUGGACGGCCGAGUCCUACGACCUCUGGACGAAGAACUGCAACAACUUCAGCGACGUCGUGCUCAACUUCCUCUGCGGCCGCGGCGUGCCCGCGUGGAUCCUGAGCCUGCCGGGGGAGAUGCUCGCGACGCCGCUCGGCAAAUUGCUCGGGCCGAUCCUCGGCAACGUGCAG